AUGGCGCACAGCUGUCGGUGGCGGUUCCCUGCUCGGCCCGGAGGGAGCACCAACUCGGGCACCGGGAAGAGAGCGGGCCGAAUCCGGGUCACCGCGUCCCUCCGAAAUGAUACUGGGGCUCAUACGAACUCACUUGGGCCAAAGGCCGGUUUCGAUGCGGCGGUGCAAGUCUCCGCUGCAAUCGAGAGCAACCUGCAGAAAUUUCGGGAUGUUUUGGGGGAGUCAAGCGGGUCCAGCAGCGGGGAGGAAGAGGCGUUUGGCGGCUUUUGUACAGUCAGUGAAGGCAGAAGAAUACAGAGUCCUGCAAGGACCUUUUCAGUCCCACCAUCAGCUCCUGCAACUCCAGAGAAGAAGCCCAGGGGGCGUCCGCCCAGGGCACAGGCCACACACAGAGUGGGCAGCGGCGGCACUGGCCCCCCGCCCGCACCUUCUGUCCCAUCCUCCCUCCCCCACAGAGAUGCCACAGUCUCGCACACAGAGAAGGUCAAGCGGCCGCCGGGAAGGCCUCCCGGGUCGGGCGAGAAGAGGAGAGGCCGCCCGCCGGCCUCCGCCAGCCACCGGGCCUGGCACCAGAGCGGCCACGCGUCAUCGGACGAGGCGUCGGCCGCAGGCGGCAUCGGCGGCGGCGGCAACGAGCACGGCUCGACGGCGGCCCAACACAACAAGCACGCAGAGGACGACCGGGAAGGGGGUAAGGUGUCCAAGCUGGGCAGAGUGCCAAAGCUGAAGAGGCUGCAGGACGCCAAGAUGGGCCCGCUCAAGUCUCGGCUCAAGCCGGUGGCGCGGAAGGGCGUGCCGGUGCCCGUCGUGCCAAGGCGGCGGCGGGGGAGGCCGCCCUCAGCGGAGCGCCUGAAAGCGGAGGCCGCCGCAGCAGCAGCAGCAGCAGCCGCGGUCGCUGCCGCCCGUUCGGGCUCGUCGGCUGCCACCGCGUUCACCGAGCUGUCCCUCCCGGACGCGCGCACCGUCAAACAGAAGGCCUUCAGGGUGCGCGGCCGGGACAGAGAGCUGGACCUCCAGGCUGCCCAGCAGCAGCAGCAGCAGCAGCAACAGCAUGCCAAGCUCAGGGCUCCCCACGCCGACUCGCCGGCCGCCAGCCCCACGGAACCCCACAGCCCGCCCUCGUCGAAGUUCGGCCGGCCCCUGGGGCGGCGCCAGAGCCCGCGCCACGUCAAGCCCGUGCGCAUCGUGCCCCCCUCCAAGCGCACGGACGCCACCAUUGCCAAGCAGCUCCUGCAGCGUGCCAAGAAGGGCGCCCAGAAGAAGAAGCUCCUGGAGAAGGAGAGCAGCGUGGGCAGCGGCGGCGGCGGCGGCCCGCCGGGCAUGGACGCGGGCAUCCGGCGCCGGCGGAGGGCCCCGCUCAAGAACAUCCGCCAGUUCAUCAUGCCCGUGGUGAGCACCGUGUCGCGGCGCAUCAUCAAGACGCCCAAGCGCUUCAUCGAGGACGAGAGCAGCUUCAGCGCCCCGCCCCCGCAGAAGGUGUCCCGCCUGGAGACGCCGGCGUACGUCUCGGCGAGCGCGGCGGCGGCGGCGACCGCGGCGAGCGCUACCCCGCAGCCCAGCGCCGCGGCGGCGCCUUCCCCCACGCGGGCGGCCACGUCCUCCCCGGCGUCCUCCUCCGCGUCCACGGGCCCCGCGACCGCCGCCGCCUCCGCCGCGGACAGUCUCCCCCCUCCGCCUCCCCCCGCGGCGUCCGCCGCCCCCAGCAACAGCGGCGGCAGCAUCCCCCCGAGCCUCCUCAACAACGCGGCCAUGGCGGCGGCGGCAGCGGCAGCGGCGGCGAGCGGCAGCUGCAACAACAGCACCAGCAACGGCGGGCGCUUCAGCAGCAGCGCGGCCUCGUGCGGCUCCAGCGCCGUCUCGCAGCACUCCUCGCAGCUCUCGUCCGGCGAGUCCUCGCGCUCCAGCAGCCCCAGCCUGGACGACUCGUCCUGCGACUCGCAGGCCUCGGAGGGCACGCAGGCGCUGUCCGAGGAGCCCGACCGCUCGCCGGGCUCGUCCCAGGGCGACCACGAGCGCGAGGAGGAAGAGGAGGAGGAGGAGGAGGAAGAGGAGGAGGAGGAGGAGGAAGAGGCCGUGCGGAUGCACCCCUCUCGCCCUUCCUCGCCGCCGUCCGAGCACGAGCGAGAGCACACGAGGCUGCUGGAGAGAGGGCGGCGCGGACGGCGCGGUCAGGGCGUGAGGAGCGGCGCCGCCCUGGUGGGCAGAGGCAGAAGCGCCCUGAUGGGGCCGCGGAAGAAAACCAUCAUCAGCCCGGCCACGGGCAUCCUGAUGUCGUCCUCGCAGGUGGGCGCGCACCAGGCCACCUCGGGCUCGUCCCCUCCUCCCCCCCAGCAGCUGCACCCGCCGCCGGGCUCCGCGGCCAACGCGGCGGGCGUCGGGGACCACCACCCCCACUCCUCGUGGAUCAUGCCGCGCGGCAUCGCCCCGUUCCUCUCCGGCUCCGCCAUGCACGCGGCGUGCCACGACAAGCGGCGCUCCAUCCUGCGCGAGCCCACCUUCCGCUGGUCGUCGGCGCCCUCCCACAAGCCCGAGUGCUUCUCCUCGGCCAAGUACGCCAAGGAGGGCCUCAUCCGCAAGCCCGUCUUCGACAACUUCCGGCCCCCGCCGCUGACCGCCGAGGACGUGGGCCUGCACCCCGGCUCGGUCUCCGGAGGCGGACCGCCCUCGGGGUUCACGGCGUCUCCCAGCGGCAGCAGCGGGUCGAGCGGCCGGCUCUUCUCUCCGCUGCACCACCACCACCAUCAGCACGCCUCCUCCCGCUUCGAGGGCUCGUACCCCAAACGGAGUCCGCUGCUCCGCGCCCCGCGCUUCACCCCCAGCGAGGCCCACUCGCGCAUCUUCGAGUCGGUCACCCUCCCCACGUCCUCCGGCAGCAGUCCCGGCUCGCUGUCCCCCUUGCAGGGCUCCUCUCCGUCCGGUAGGACCCUGCGCCACAGGAAGAGGCGCACCUUCGGAGGACCGGUGAGCGGACCCCGCUCGCCCUCGCACUCCAUGACCAGGAGGAGCAGCCAGCCGAGCUUCAAGAUCAGGGGCAGCUCGAGCGGCAACGCCAGUAACUCCGCGUCCCUGGCGGGGGUGGCCGUUGGCCCACUCGCCCCAAGUGCCUUAACCCAGCCCCCCUUCAGCACCUUGUCCCCAGGCACUGCGGGUCUCUCCGGCCACGGUGGCACCGACGGGCGCAAAGCUCCCUCGGCAGCCGCGCUGGGCGGCGUCGGCGGCGGCAACUCGGCCGGCUCGUCGUCGUCCUCCCCGUCUCAGCUCUUUCCCCUCUUCGGCCCCGGCGGCGGUGGCGGUGGCGGCGGGAAGACGACCCGCGAGAGGAACCUCUCGGCCGGCCACGAGGCGUCCACCAAGGAGAAGGACCGGGAGUCCGAGAGGAGCCGCGAGCGAGAGAAGGAGAACAAGCGCGAGGGGAGGAAAGACAAGGAGCGGAAAGUGAAGGACGCGUCUUCCCACUCGGCGGCCGGCAUGUUCGGCCACGACGGGAAGGACUCGGAAAAGUCGGUCCCGACGCUCGCCCACAGAAAGACCCCAGGGAGGAAGAAAUCCGUGUCGGUCGACUCCGGGGCUGAGGCCUCCCCAGCUGAUAGCAACACUGUCAGCAACACUCCCUCAUCCAACGGCCGGCCUUCCAAGAAAGACCGGCCGCCUGACUGGGAAGCGGACGCGGACAGAGGAGGAGAAAAGGAGGACCAAGAGAAGACGAGUACGCCGUUACCGCCAGGGCAAACGGGCAAAACCCCCACCGCCAACCCUACACUGGAGUCUGUGUUGAACCGUGCAGAGAAACAACCGGUGGCCGACAAGCAACUGGCCGGGCUGCUGAAGAAGGCGAAAGCACAGCUGCAUAAUAUCGAGAAGUCCUUAAAGCCAGUAGAGCAACCCAAAGUGCAGGAGAGUGACUCGUCGGAGACGUCUGUGCGCGGUCCCCGCAUCAAGCAUGUGUGUCGGCGUGCCGCGGUCGCUCUGGGCCGACACCGGGCCGUGUUCCCAGACGACAUGCCCACCCUCAGUGCCUUGCCCUGGGAGGAGAGGGAGAAGAUCCUGUCUUCCAUGGGGAACGAUGACAAAUCGUCAGUGGCAGGCUCGGAGGAGGCUGAGCCACAGACCCCUCCCCUUAAGCCGGUGACGAGGCAAAAGCCGAUGAACGAGGCCCUGCCCAAGAAGGGCCGGCGGUCCAGGCGCUGCGGGCAGUGUCCUGGAUGCCAGGUCCCCGAGGACUGCGGCGUCUGCACCAACUGCCUGGACAAGCCCAAGUUUGGUGGACGCAACAUCAAGAAGCAGUGCUGCAAAGUGAGGAAGUGCCAGAACUUGCAGUGGAUGCCUUCAAAAAUGUUUAUCCAAAAGCAAGUGAAAGGUAAAAAGGACAAGAAGAAGAACAGAAUGUCAGAAAAAAAAGAGUUGCAUUACUCGAUGGGCACCCCUGCCCCAGAGGCCAAGCCUGCGCUGAGAGAGGGCCCUUCUCAGAAGAAGAGUGAUGCUCUGUCCUCCAAGGCAGCAGAGGAGAAGCUGAAGCAGCAGCAGCAGCAGCUGGAGGAGGAGGACGAGGAGGAGGAGGAGGAGGAGGAAGAGGACUGCUCCCCGGCCCCUGAGCCAAGUCCUCCACCCGAAGAAGAGGAGGAUCCCUCGUCGCCGCCCUCCACCCCUACACCCGAGGAGUCCAAACAACCCCCGCCGCUCAGCAGCGCUCCCUCCAGGAAGGAGCGGAAACUGCAGCAGCAGCAGGCCACCGCAGUCUGUCCCCAGUCUGGCCAUAAAGACCCUUCUCCAUCGCCUCCCACCCCGUCACAAUCCCCAGGCCAGACGCCCCCCCAGAGGUCCCCUCAGAAUCCCCCCCUCACCAAGAAGGAGCCGCUCGCCAAACCCCCCUCUGAUGGCAAAAAGCUCCAGCAGCAGCUAACGUCACAGCCUCCUGUGCCUGACACAGGGCCCGACACAAAACACUUGAAGAAACUCGCUGCACGCUGUGCUCCAGCGCCCAAGCCCAAACUAAAGGAGAAGCAGGAGAAGCAGGUAGCCAUUAAACCGGACGGCGGUACUUUAAACUCCUUGAGCACUCCCUCGACUGGGGUUCAGACCGAGCAGCAGCAGCAGACCGCGCCCUGCGACGGAGUGCAACGCAUCAGAGUGGAUUUCAAGGAGAGCCAUGACAUCGAGAACGUGUGGGAGAUGGGCGGCCUGAGCGUCCUCACAUCUGUGCCUAUCACGCCGCGUGUGCUGUGCUUCCUCUGCGCCAGCAGCGGGAACGUGGAGUUUGUGUUCUGCCAGGUUUGCUGUGAGGCCUUCCAUCUCUUCUGCCUGGGGGAGUCGGAGCGCCCCCUAGAGGCGCAGCUGGAGAACUGGUGUUGCCGGAGGUGUCGCUUCUGCCACAUCUGCGGACACCCGCAUCAAAACACCAAACAGCUGCUAGAGUGUGACAAAUGCCGGAACAGUUAUCACCCCGAAUGCCUGGGCCCUAAUCACCCCACCAGACCCACAAAGAAGAAGAGAGUCUGGAUUUGCACUAAAUGUGUCCGCUGUCAGAGCUGCGGAGCCACCAAACCGGGCAAGGCCUGGGACGCCCAGUGGUCGCACGACUUCUCGCUGUGUCACGAUUGUGCCAAACUCGUCGCUAAAGGGAAUUCCUGCCCCCUCUGUGAUAAAUGCUAUGAUGACGAGGACUACGAGAGCAAGAUGAUGAAGUGCAGGAGCUGCAGGCGCUGGGUGCAUGCCAAAUGUGAAAGCCUCACAGAUGAGAUGUAUGAAGUCCUGCCCCACCUGCCGGUGGCCUACACCUGCACCAAGUGCACGGAGAAGCAGCCUGCGGAGUGGAGGACGGCGCUGAAGAACAAGCUCCAGAGCUCCGUGCACCAGGUCCUCACCGCCCUGCUCAACUCCCGCACCUCCACGCACCUGCUCCGCUACAGACAGCCUGUGAUGAAGCCCCCAGAGCUGAACCCGGAGACGGAGGAGAGCCUGCCCUCUCGCCGCUCUCCUGAAGGCCCCGACCCUCCGGUCCUGACCGAGGUGCCACCACACGCUGACUCCCCACCAGACCUUGAGUCCGUGGAGAAGAAGAUGGACUUGGGUCGCUACAAAUCAGUGCUGGAGUUCAGUGAUGACAUUGUCAAGAUCAUACAGACCGCUAUGAACUCCGACGGUGGGCAGCCAGAGAGCAAGAGGGCCAACAGCAUGGUCAAGGCCUUUUUCAUCCGGAAAAUGGAGCGCAUGUUCCCCUGGUUCAAGGUGAAGGAGUCGAGAUUCUGGGAGACACAGAAGGGCUCAAAUAGCGGGCUUCUCCCCAACGCAGUGCUUCCCCCGUUCCUGGAUCAUAAUUAUGCGCAGUGGCAGGACCGCAUGGAGCAGAGCAGUGCCGCGCGGCCUCCGCUGGUGAAGAUCAUCCCCGCCCCGACCCACAAGCCCCCAGGGGAGCCGGACUUCCCCGCUACUCCUCCUUCCCAGCCCCCCCACGUCAUCCACGACCUCUCUCCCGAGGGCAGUCCUGAGCAUCUCUCUCCACCUGGCUUGGGAGACAACAGGCAGUGUGUGCUGUGUCUCGAGUAUGGGGAUGAGAAUACAAACGAGGGCGGCCGGCUCCUAUAUAUUGGCCAGAAUGAGUGGACUCAUGUGAACUGUGCCCUGUGGUCGGCUGAAGUGUUUGAGGAUGUCGACGGCUCACUGAAGAAUGUGCACAUGGCAGUGAUAAGAGGCAAACAGUUGCGAUGUGAGAACUGCCAGAGACCCGGCGCAACCGUGGGCUGCUGCCUGACCACCUGCAACAGCAACUACCACUUCAUGUGCGCCCGCCAGCGCCGCUGCGUCUUCCUGGAGGACAAGAAGGUCUACUGCCAGAGACACAAGGACCUGAUCAAGGGCGAGGUGAUAUCAGACUCUGGGUUUGAGGUAACACGCAGGAUUCUGGUGGACCUAGAGGGUAUCAGCCUUAGGCGGAAGUUCAUCAAUGGGCUUCCUGCUGACAACAUCCACAUGAUGAUAGGUUCAAUGACCAUAGACUGUCUUGGAAUGCUGACGGACCUGUCAGAUUGUGAGAGGAAUCUUUUCCCAAUUGGUUACCAGUGUUCGAGAGUCUACUGGAGCACCACUGAUGCUCGCAAGCGUUGUGUUUACACAUGUAGGAUCUUAGUUUAUCGCCCUCAAGUGGUAGAAACGGUCACUGACAGCACAGUCUCCUGUGAGAAGAACUUCACCAUUGCUCACAGCCCCUCCACAGUCUCAGAAAUGGAGAUGACCACAGCCUCUCAGCUGGUGGAUUCAGCAUCCAAGCCAGUGGCUGCAGCUUCCAGGCCAAAGAUGCUCUUCCGAAACAGGCACCCCAGCUAUCCACCAUGCCAGAAGUCUCCCAUCUCCAGACCACUUCCCUCUCCAGGAGGCUUCACCAGUUCAGCACAUGAAAUUGUGACUGUGGGUGACCCUCUGCUGAGUUCCUGUCUUGGAAGAAUUGGAUCCCGGCGUCACAGCACUUCCUCUCUCUCAUCUCAGUCAUCCAGAAAUACGAUUGUACUCACAGCGCAGAGCAGUUAUCCGUUCAGUCCGCAAAGCACAGCAUCCUCUAGUUCCUCCAUUACAACUACUCCCUCGUCGCUCUCUUCCUACACAUGGGACCGUGCACAGAGGGACUCAGGCACAAAGGGUCGGCCCUUUGCUUCCGCGAGGUCCCAGAACUGUCAGGUUAGCACCUCGAGUCCAGGAUCUCAGCAAAGACAGUCAGGUGUCAAUGAAAAAGGUGACGGCAGCAGCCGAGAACCACCUGGAAAGCAGUCCGAGGGAGAGGCGGUGCAUCUGUCUGCUCCGCUGAUGAUAGGGAUGAACCAGGUGUCGCCACCUUUGGGAACGGCCGUCCUUACGAGUCACCAGAGGAGCAGCAGCAGUAGCAGCAAGGGCGAGAAGGGGAAGCAGCAAGGAAUGAAAGACACGUCAGACCUUCCAGCCGAAUCAACUCUCCUGUCUUGCCAGCCCCAAGCUGCUCUGCCCAAAGAUGGAGGCAACCCCAUCCAGGAAGGCACACCAGCCGCAAAAGACACAGGGAUGCCGGGAUCCCCAAAGUCACCAUACCACAAAAGUGGAGGGAGGAAGUCACAUGACUAUGUGGCGGGGCCUGCCCCUGCUGCUGCCAUGAAACCCCGCUGGUCGUCUGGGGCUACCGUGGGAGAGGAGGACAUUAAACGCGGGUCUCAGGCAACACCAGCAGUAACUGCGAGCUGCAGGACAUCCAGCACCAAAGAGACAUGCUCCAAAAUGGGAUUCAGUGGAAGCAUCGAGGCAUCGAAGGAGAGGGAGAAAACUGCUAAAAAGAUCAAGACCCCCUUUCAGAAAAAGGGCAGUGAUAUCAAAACGCUUUGCCAAGACCAAAACUUUCAAAACAGUAACAACAAAUCUGCAGUACACAGCAGCAACACCAAAGCAGCCGGAACAAAUGCAGUUGAUAAACAUGAUGGUCAAGGAGGGAAUAGACCACUUAAGUCCAGGGAGAGAUUCAGUGCUGAGAGCAAGACCAGCUCUAGUUUAGAGGGAAUGCAGCCAGAGACAGGCUCAGAUGCUGGUAUGAGGGCUGCACUCAAUCAAACCAAAGCAAGCAAGGAGCUGAUCAAAAGGGAAAAGAAGCCUACAGGAAAAGCAUCUUUAAUAUCUCCAAAAAUAGAUCCUAAUGGGACCAAAGUGAUCAGUACAGGCUCGGAUACAAAUCUGUCAACUGCAGUUACCCCGGUCAGUCAGGGUCCACAGAGGAGGUCCACCUGUCCACCUGUUCUCUUCUCUUCUCCAUCUGCAAGCUCAGAAAGCUCAGAGUCCGAGAGCCAAGCUCACCCAGAGGACUGUGAAGAACAUCUGCGAGAGGGAGAGGGGCCUGAGGACGGAGAAGAUCCCUCCAUGGAAGACGAAGGCAGCAUCGACAAGCACAACGAGGAAGACAGCGACGGUUCGGGGUCAGCCAAACGAAGGUACCCGCGGCGUAGCACACGGGCUCGUGCCAAUAUGAUCUUCGGUUUGACUCCAUUCUAUGGAGUGCGUUCCUAUGGUGAGGAAGACAUCGACUUCUAUGGCGGCGGAGAGGUCAUUGGGAAAAAGCGGUCCGGAAUGAGCAGGCGUUCUGCUGAGGGGCAAGUCGAUGGGGCAGAUGAUAUGAGCACUUCUUUGUCAGAGGAUAGUGGGGAAGACGAGGAGGGCGGUCUGGGGCCGUGUCCAAACAAAGACUCCUAUUACUAUAACUUUACACGCACCAUCAUCAACCGUAACGUCAGGUUACACCCUGUAGAGGGCGUGGGAAGAGGGUCACAGUUUGGCAGGUUUCUAAACGAAGACACUGGAGAAAGUACAGAUCACAUGGAAGAAUCAGGAGCCAUACCAUUGAGUCUGGGCCGUCCCCAAAUUGGCCAGCUGGAUGGCGUCGAUGACGGCUCCGAGAGCGACGCCAGCUUGAGUACCAGCAGCACCACAACUGCCACAACGUCCACUACCCACAAAACCUCUGGGAAGAGGAAGAGCCGCGAGAGUCGAGCGGAGAGGAUGGCAGCAGGCUCAGGGAAAGACUCCGACAGCAGUGCUGGAGGGGGGAAUGGCAGCAGUCGAGAGAGCAGGAAGAACCAGAAGGAGUCUUGUCUGUCUAUGGGGAACGUCAAGUCACAGGGACAAGACCCCCUGGAGGCACAAUUGUCUCUCACCACAGACCUACUCAAGUCUGAUUCUGACAACAACUAUAGUGAUGACUGUGGCAACAUCCUGCCAUCUGACAUCAUGGAUUUUGUGUUGAACACGCCAUCAAUGCAGGCCUUGGGCCAACAGCCGGAGUCAUCUUCUCCAGAACUUUUGUUAGGUGAAGGGUAUGGGGUCGACGUCAACCGGAGGAAAGACUCUGCUCUGCUCUUUGACAUACCACUGCCCAGCACUGAGCCUGGGGAGAGUGGUGUCAACUCGACUAUUUCUGUUGAAGAGUCCUACAGCCUGCAGCUGGGUCUUCCCUCUGACCUCUCAGUGCUCACCACGCGGAGCCCUUCCGUUAGCAGCCAGAAUCACAACACUCUCAUUCCGGAAGCUUCCGUUAGCAACCAGAAUCACAACACUCUCAUUCCGGAAGCUUCGGAGAGCACAAUGCUGUCAUUGACUACUGAUGAAACUGUGGAGAAAGCCGGAGAUAAGCCAGGGGUCAGGACGAGCGAGGUGUCUGAAGAAGGAGGUGGAGACUCACAGGUGGCUGAUGACCAGCUGACACCCAAGCAUUUCAUAACUGGCAUCGAGGGCGAACACAUUUCCAAUCAAGUCAAUCAGGUGAUUGAACCAGAGAACCAGGAUGUUGCCAGGACCUCUGGGACACCAGGAUUACCUAGUUCUCCUACGCUCCCUCUACAAAGUCAGAAAUACAUACCUGUCACUGCUGUAAGCCCUGGACCUUCUCAGGUUGCUAGCACUGCUGUUCAAACCCCUUCCUCUCAUCUCAAACCAGCCCCGGAAAAAUUGAUUGUUGUGAAUCAGCGAAUGCAGCCACUCUAUGUCUUGCAGACUCUACCUAACGGAGUGACACAGAAGAUACAAAUCGCACCUUCCGUUGGUACGACAGGGGUCAUGAGCACUAGUCCCUCUGUGUUGAGCUCCAUGACUCUUACUGCAGGUCUCCCCAAUCAGCCCAUAUUUCCUGCGGGUGGAAAGGGCUUAUUACCUAUGUCUCACCACCCUCAAAUUCAUACUCUUACUAAUACAACUCAGGCCAGUUUCCAACCCGUCAUUCCCAACACCACAUCAGGCCUCCUCAUAGGCAUCCCCUCUCAUGACUCCCAGAUUAUUGUGUCUGAAGCAGGGCACAGGCCUGAUUUGGCACCCACCGUCGCGAUGGUCUCCAGUGCACCAUCCCUGUCUCCCUCUUCAUCUGUGCUUUCCUCAGGUCAUGGCAAGAAACGCCCCAUAACACGGCUUCUGCCACGCAAAAACAAAAAACCUCCUCGCUCCCGAAGCCACCCACCAUUAGCGCCAUCAGAAGUGGCACCCAACAUGACCCUUAUAAACUUGUCAUCCCCUCAAAUCACAGCUGGAAUUUCCACUCAGUCUGGUUUAGUUGAACUUGGCACCCUAACCACAGCCACAACCACGUCCCACCGAAAAAUCCCCAAUAUCAUUAAACGACCAAAAUCAGGGGUAGUGCUGGUGCCACAGCCUAUGCCCAUUACAUCCAGCGGUCAGCCUGGCAUCUUGGGGCAGGACACGUCCACCCACUUGUUGCCGUGUACUGUUUCAGGGCUCAAUCCAAACCAACAGGUGUUGAAUGUUGUCUCAGUGGCACCUAGUGGAGCUGGUAGCAUUCUCGGCGCGAGUACAGUUUCUCUGAGCACACCUGGACUCCUGAGCUCCACUGAGAUUACGGGGCCCUUCAGUAAUCUGCUCUUCAAAACCGGCCCACAUAAUCUGACCAUUCCAGACCAACAGAUGGUUCUACACUCCGGAGGGCCCAUGAUGCCUCAGCUAGCUCACCCUGUGCAGACGUCGAUUGCCAGUAGUAUAUGCGUUCUUCCACCACAGCAAACACUCAGCAUGUCUGUGAGCAAGCAAGUGGACCAAGAGAGCGCCCUGCAUCGCCAGCAAGUCAGUCGAAUCAUGGCAGACAAACCACAAGCACUCGAUCAGAGUGGGAAUGUUGCGGGAUCCGUGGGUCCUGCCCCGAGCUUGAUGGCCCAGGACCCAAGCAAGCCAAUGGUUGGGGUAUUUACCCAAGGUUCAUGGACAACACCUAUCACCCUCCACACAAAUCAACAGCACGUUUUCAAGUCGGCCGCACCACCCACAGCAGGCGGGAAGGGGAAACAGAAGGCCAAAAGGGUUCGGCCGACUCCUGAGAAGGCCAGCGGGAAGAAACCGAAGGGACUGCAGGCAGAGUCUCCGUUAUCAUCCAAGGGAGAUGUGAGCUCUGCUGGUCAGCAGUCAUCCUCAGGGACUAAACAGGCAGUCAAACCUGAGCCAAUGGACACAGGCAAACCAAUGGAAAAAGAUUCAAAUAAAAGUUGCAGCGAUGCCCCUGUGACCAAAGCAUCCCCCAUCAACCAGGUGUCAGUAGAGUUCUGUGAUGAGGAGUCUAAAGCCACAAGUCCGACUACUCAGAACAGUGGGAAAGGAUCUGGCACUGUACUGGUGGCGUCGUCAGAGCAGGAGGACGACAAGGGAAGCAGGGACUUCCUCUCCCACUACAAGCCUAAGAAAGGCCUCAUGUUUGAAAUAUCCAGUGAUGAUGGCUUUCAGAUCCGUUGUGAGAGCAUUGAAGAGGCCUGGAAAUCUUUGACAGAUAAGGUCAAGGAGGCACGGUCGAACGCCAAACUCAAGGAACUUUCAUUCGAGGGAGUUAACGGGCUCAGGAUGCUCGGUGUUCUUCACCAUACCGUGGUGUUUCUGCUGGAGCAGCUGUGUGGUGCCAAAUACUGCCGGAACUACCGUUUCCGCUUCCACAAGCCCAAGGAGUGCGACGAGCCCCCCAUCAACCCUCACGGCUCCGCCCGAGUGGAGCUGCACCACAGGAGGUCAGUUUUCGACAUGUUCAACUUCCUGGCCUCCAAACACCGCCAGCCUCCGGAGCACAACCCCCAGGAGGAGGAGGAAGAGGAGGUGCUGCUGAAGUGCGCUCGUCGUGCCAUCAGCGUGGACCUGCCCAUGUCCAAGAGACUCCGACACCUGAAGAAAACCUCCUGGGAAACAGUAGGCGUGUAUAGGUCAGCCAUUCACGGGCGAGGUCUGUUCUGCAAGCGAAACAUUGACGCAGGAGAGAUGAUCAUCGAGUACUCUGGCACCAUCGUCCGCUCUGUCCUCACUGACAAACGGGAAAAGUAUUAUGACGAGAAGGGGAUUGGCUGUUACAUGUUUCGCAUUGAUGAUUACGAGGUGGUGGACGCCACGAUGCAUGGCAACGCAGCGCGUUUCAUAAACCAUUCCUGCGAGCCCAACUGCUACUCUCGUGUCAUCAUCGUUGACAGUCAGAAGCACAUCGUCAUCUUCGCCUUGCGCAAGGUCUACCGAGGAGAAGAGCUCACCUACGACUACAAGUUCCCCAUCGAGGAACCCGGGAAUAAGCUGCCCUGCAACUGCGGAGCCAAAAAGUGCCGCAAGUUCCUGAACUAAAGUCUCUGGCAUUCUAGCACUUUUCAGGGCGAUGUCGGCAGCACCUUGUUGUGGGCGGCCCACAGCAGUUCCACGUGUCUUGUCGUGGGGGACACUUACAGGGCUGAAGAGGUAGCAUGCGUUGAAGUGGGCUUCUGUUGUUCGUCAGAGCUGUUCAGUGUAUGCUUGUGUUUUCCGGAAGGAUGACAUUACUGUGCCUCUUUGGUUUUCGUUACAUUUCGUUGACUGGUUUUCAGUGUCAUAAUCUGAGAGCAAUUGGGGAAAUUCAGGCCUUCAGAAACAUCUUUUUUUUUUUUUUAAUGUAAGGUUGAUCUUUUGUUGUUGAUUUUUCUCAAUGGUUGAAAUCAGUGCCCAAGACAUUUGUGUAUAUCCUCCCCAUACGUUUUAAAUCUGUACAUCACCACUUUUACCUUAAUUUUUCAGGAUAUGGCCUGUAAGAAACUGAUACUGUUUGUUUGAUAAUGCUCAAUCCCAUUUGCCCCUGCUUCCAGAAUGUGAUGGAUCUCUAUAAGCAAGAAGAGCCACGUAGUUAGAUCCAUUUUACACCAAAGUGCAAUUCUUUCAGGGGAGGGGUUCAAAAAAAAUCGGGCUCAAACUGAAAUAACGAAACCGAUCAAUGAAAGCCCUUAUUAUUAUUAAUAUUAAUAUUAUGUAUUUUUGUUUCUAAGCAUGGCAUUCUUCAACACAUCUUUUCCAUCACUGAAUGUAUACUGAAGCCUUCAGACGGCCGUAUUAGUUUUUACUGAGGCGAAGCCUGUCUGUCCAUGUUCGAGACACUGUAAAUAUCCUGCAAUCUUGUGUUGACUCAGUAGGGAUGACUAGAUUAUGUUCAUCAGUUGUUGACUUUUUUCCUCUUUUUUUUUCAAAACUUGAUUGCAGUAAUGUCGAUAUCUGUGAGCGUUCCUAUGCUUCGUGUUCUUAUACUGAGUUGGUCCAGAGUGGAGUGGAGAGACGGUCUAUGAUUGGCUAGGGCUGAGAUCCUGGUGGACUGACAGCCUGGCAACUUGAGGGACUGCAGAGCAGUAGAGUGGUCGAGCGGUUGGUUGUCUUGAGUCCGUGGAAAGAAAGAGUAGGUCUGGUAACUGUUUUGAAGUGGUCGUUGGAGGACAAAAGAUUGCAGAGCCAUCCUUUCUUAAGAAAGAGUCAAACGUGUGUGCAUGGUAUGGCUUUGUCCAUGAUGACUGGAUUUAAGGACAAAUAAUUGACUUGAGCUGAGCAAACGUGAUACGUUGAUCUAUUUUAUGCUUGUUUUAGACCAAUAUGAGAAAAAUCCUCCCGUUGCUGCUUUUAAUAAUUAAUGUUGGCAAUUGAGUAAAAAAAUAUGAUGUCUGCUUUGCGUUGGAAGUUGUAUCUUUUUACGAUAUCAGGCGUUUUCUUUCAAUAUGUAAAUAAUAUGUAUAUUUUUAUAUACGAAAGACUGAAAAGCACUCACUAGUGAAUAGCACCUAAUGAUGGUAUUUAUAUUUUUAAUAAAACAUUGUAUUUAUUUUAACAACAUAUUUGUAGGAAAUAAGAGGUUUACAACACUAAUGCUUGGUCUGACAUUUGUAGAGCUGCCUUCCUUUCGGUUUAUUUUUUAUUUGUAAGACUUCAGACUGAAGCAGUUACUGUCUCAAGAGAGUGCAGUCCACCAGUAGCUCCUAUUUGCCACUCUGAAGCAAGCGUCUUUUGUAUUUGUGACCACUUGUAGCGCUGGUCAGCUGUAAAGGGUCGGGAGUGAAUAUGCGCUUAUUUCACCCUUAGCCAGCCCCUUCGCCAAUUCCCUCAGAGUAUCCGGUCUCUCAUUGACUCUAUUUUCAUAGACAUAAGGCAUAGUUCCGUCUUUGUUCUCUUGUAUUAGUUGGUCUCGUUCGAUUCUAUUUUUUAAAACCCAAGACUAUUAUUAUAUCCGAAAGAUUUCCAAAGUUUUGAAGAAGCAAAUUCCCCAGUGUUCUGUGUAUUUUUUUAUCACGAAGAAUUAUUUUCGUAAAGUAACUGUAAAACCCCAGGGCUAUGAAGGCUAGCCCAGUCCAAGAGUUUUCAUGAAGCACUACUGCUCCAAGACCUCCUAACUACCCAGGCACUGAACAGCCUACCUGCUUCCAUUUCACCACCCCAUGCUUAUUGUGCUCUGGAUAGUUUCACUCCACCAGAUCUUAUCAAACACAGAGAAAUAUCGAGCUUGAACUUACAAGACACCCCAUUGAAGAUCCCAUACAAUAUCCCAUUGUAUGCUCUUUGGUCCUUGUUAGUAGGAGUAAGGUGCCUUAUCUGACAUUGAGAUAUUUCAGAGUUAACUUCACAAAUGGACCGAGGCCUCUGCAGUUGCCCACACCCACUUGCUGUUGAAGAAAUGGUCAAGUGGCUACCAGUGGUGUACCUUCUCAUCUUUGUGAUGUGACGGCCUUAACAGAUUGUAGCAUACAGGGGUGUGUGUUCAAAUGGCAAUGGGUCUGCUGGGUUCUUUUUGAUCAACGGUCCUUCAAUUGGCUUCCCGGUUGUUGACCCUCUCAAUUCCCUUUCCCCCAAAGUAAACAGGCAAAAAUAUAUAUUAUUUUUCCUUCUCGUGGCUGUAAGGAGAUGGGUUGGUUUGAGAGCAAUUGGAUGAUUUGUAAGAGACAUGGGUACUAUGCAUAUCUUUCUGAACAAAAAACUCUAGAUUGCUGCUGUAUGCAAUUCUGGCUUGAAUUUACUCUUUGCAGAGACAGACCGCUUUGGCCAGUACUUUUUAAUUCAUAUUCUGUACGUUUUGUAUGUUGAGUUUUUUGUUUGUUUCUUUGUUUGUUUGUUUAUUUCGCUGUCUAACAGUAUGCAGUUGAGCCCUGGCCCCCCAUCCAUUGGCUGGUCAGUGAAAACAAUAACUUUACCAACACAUUCUUAGGGUAGUGGGGAGGAAGACUAGAACAGUUUAUCCUUCGGAAGGAACCUGCUUGCCAGCAAAGGUCAGCACAGGCACCUUGAGCACACAUCUCACUUAUUUCUUUCCUCUUUCAUCCAAGAGUUCUAGCUCUAGGUUGUAGAGUUCUACUGUGCCCUCUGACCCUUCCCCCCCACACAGAUAGCGGUCAGUACGGACAGAACUCAGGUGGGGGUCGGCUGCAGAACACACAUCGCCGUGCCCUGUCAAGCGUUCGUCAAGGCUUCUAGUCUAAUUCAGGGAUAGAUUACGUUUGGGCCGACUCCCGGAGUUCCGCCACAGUUUGGCCCUUAUUGAAUGUAUUCAUAUAUAUAUAUAUAUGAAUAUGAAUUGUAUUGACUCUUAUCGCAUUUGUUUAAUGUUCAUUUUAGUAUUUUAAGAAAGGCUGGGAUGAGUUGUUUAGGGAAAGUCUUGUCACGGAAAAAGAAUAUGUUGGAACGUUGACGCAGAGAUCGAAACAAGGACAUGAGGAAUAACGAUCCCAAGGGCUUUGCAGCUUUUUCCCAUUUUUCACGUCAGCUUAGAUUGAGACGCUUCCGAAACAGGUGAAUGCAGUCAGUCAGUCAGUCAGUCAGUCAGUUAGUUAGUUGGUCAAAACUCAAAAGAGGCAGACCAAUUCAGUUGUUCCUUGGACUUCGUACCGUGACAUCAUUUCUCAGUGGUAUUACAACUCUACAUGUAAUUACAGUAUCCAAUAUAUACAUACACGCGUACAUGCAUACAGGAGCAUAAUGUAUAAAUAGUACAUUUUGUAAGUCAAUAUCUUCACUAUAUGGAAUGGACAGACAAACUUAGUUACAAUAGCAGCAACAGAUUCUUAAUGGUUAAUAAUCAUGUUUGAUGUACUCAAUAAUAACUUUUGAGUUUCAGAAUCCUUUCAGAGUAACUAACCUUCAUUUUGUAAAUGUGCAUCCAGUAUCUGUUAAUUUGUGCCCGUGCAUUGCCGUUUUUUCUUUUUCUUUUCUUUUUUGUUCUUCUCUAGAAAGGAACAAUAUUAAUAAUCAUGCGAAAUGUAAAUGUAUUCUGUAGUUGUAAACUUCUUGAGGUCAAAUGUUUUAUUUUCCUGUGUUUUUAUCGUUGUAGUGAAAGUGUUUUGUUUUUGCUCUGUACAUUCUGAAGCAGGAUUUGGACUGAUGUGGUAUAAGUAGGUUUGUCAAGGCCAGGAAAAGAGUAAUGCUCUUAUUCUUCACCCACCCAAGUGUCCUGUACUGUUCUCUCUAACAUUUUGAAGCUUGAGUUGUUCUUGUUCUGACUUUUUUUUUUUUUUUUUUUUUAAUAAGUGAUAGUGAUUUUUUAAUCCUUUUUAUUUAUUUAUUUUGUAUGUAACUUUGGCAUAUCCGUAAAAAAUAAUUAUCUGCAUGUCCACAUCCUCAUCCUCUCUAGCGCAAGUCAAGAUGGUGGGAAUAAUGCCUCUUCAGCAUUUGGAAGCCUUUUUUCCCUUUUUCAAGGGAGUGUAUUUGUUAUAGGAGGAGCCUGGCGUGAGCUCCACUGACUUGUAGAUGAUGAUGCUGGGAGGAUAUGGACACAGACACGUGUACUGCACUUAACCGAAACAGCCACAGACAGUAAUGACCAUUUUAAUACUGACGAUAAAAAGAAAAAAGAAAGUCUAUUUUCUUUUUUCUUUUUUCUCCGGUCUGAGUUGCCCACCAGUAUUCACCAAUAUCACAGAAAUGAAGGAAAACAAAAAGUUAAAUUACAAUCGCAAACCACAAACUACUAAGGAUGAAUGUAUAAUGAGAAAAAAAAUACAAUUGUACAUAAGUGUAAAAAGGAAAGUUUCUAAUCAUGUUUAUUUUCUAUGCACCUUUUUUAUUUAAGUGAUAGUUUAAGUAAUAAACAUGUCUCCUUUACUCCUCA